UGGGUGUGCUGUCCUGUCCUGGUGGCUGGUUAGUAUAAGAGCCGUCUGUAGCUUUGUGGCUAAGGCUGGUUUGUUGGCAGUAGGUUCAGGUUGUUUUCUUGGUAGCCGCCCGGGGUUCUCAGUCGUCGCCGCUGAACUCCGCCACUGCAAAAUCGGUCAUUACAGCGGCGCAAGAGACGGACUAGAAACUACAGAUGGACCAGCAGGACCAGUCCUAUAUGUUUGCAAGUCUGACACGGCCUCAUUCAGAGCAACUGCUGCAAGGCCUCCAGCUCUUGCGGCAGGAUCACGAACUAUGUGACAUUGUCCUGCGUGUGGGUGAUGCCAAGAUCCAUGCCCACAAAGUAGUGCUGGCCAGCAUCAGUCCUUACUUCAAGGCCAUGUUUACGGGUAACCUUUCAGAGAAGGAGACAUCUGAGGUGGAAUUCCAGUGCAUCGAUGAGACUGCCUUGCAGGCCAUCGUUGAGUAUGCUUACACUGGCACAGUGUUUAUCUCCCAAGAAACAGUGGAAUCUCUGCUACCAGCUGCCAACUUACUCCAGGUUAAGCUAGUACUUAAGGAGUGCUGCUCCUUCUUAGAGAGCCAGCUGGAUGCCGGAAACUGUAUAGGCAUCUCCCGCUUUGCAGAGACAUAUGGCUGUCAUGACCUGUGCCUGGCUGCAACUAAGUUCAUUUGUGAGAACUUUGAGGAAGUCUGCCAGACAGAGGAGUUUUUUGAACUGACAAGGGCGGAGUUGGAUGAAAUUGUGUCCAAUGAUUGCCUUAAGGUGGUCACAGAGGAGACUGUAUUUUACGCCCUGGAGUCAUGGAUCAAAUAUGAUGUAACUGAGAGACAGCAGCAUCUGGCUCAGCUGCUGCACUGUGUUCGCCUUCCGCUCCUCAGCGUCAAAUUCCUCACUCGCCUAUAUGAAGCCAACCACCUUAUACGAGAUGACCAUGCAUGCAAGCACCUGCUCAACGAGGCUCUUAAAUAUCAUUUUAUGCCUGAACACCGGCUGUCCUAUCAGACUGUGUUGUCAGCACGGCCCAGGUGUGCUCCCAAAGUGCUGCUUGCAGUAGGAGGCAAGGCUGGACUGUUUGCUACAUUGGAAAGUAUGGAAAUGUAUUUCCCUCAGACAGAUUCAUGGAUAGGACUUGCCCCUCUCAGUGUACCCCGAUAUGAGUUUGGAGUGGCGGUGCUGGACCACAAAGUAUACGUGGUGGGAGGCAUUGCCACACACAUGAGACAGGGCAUUAGCUAUCGGAGACACGAGAGCACCGUAGAGAGCUGGGACCCUGAAAGCAACACGUGGUCUUCAGUGGAGCGUAUGGCCGAGUGUCGCAGCACACUCGGGGUGGUGGUCCUGGCUGGAGAGCUGUACGCACUGGGAGGCUAUGACGGCCAGUACUACCUCCAGUCAGUGGAGAAAUACGUCCCUAAGUUGAAGGAGUGGCAACCUGUGGCACCCAUGACCAAGUCUCGCAGCUGCUUUGCCACUGCUGUGCUGGAUGGCAUGGUGUAUGCUAUUGGAGGCUACGGCCCAGCACAUAUGAACAGCGUGGAGCGGUACGACCCCAGCAAGGAUGCCUGGGAAAUGGUAGCCCCCAUGGCAGAUAAGAGGAUCAACUUCGGGGUUGGCGUCAUGCUCGGUUUCAUAUUCGUGGUGGGGGGACACAACGGAGUGUCCCACCUGUCCAGCAUUGAGAGGUAUGAUCCCCAUCAGAACCAGUGGACGGCUUGCCGGCCAAUGAACGAGCCCCGCACUGGUGUGGGCUCUGCUAUUGUGGACAACUACCUCUACGUGGUAGGAGGUCACUCCGGGUCGUCCUACCUGAACACUGUCCAACGCUACGACCCCAUCUCAGACAGCUGGUUGGACUCCAGCGGCAUGAUGUAUUGCCGUUGUAACUUUGGUCUGACUGCCCUUUGACCCAUGGCCCACCCAGCUUGGACCCAGUAAAAAGAACUUUAGACACAAAGACUUUUCUUUUUUGUUGUCUUCUCCUCCUUCCCCACAUUCAUCCUCCAAGUGCAGAUGAGCAUAGCUGCACACCUGCGUGGACAUCAGAGAGCUUGCUGGAGGGAUGGAUGGAUGGGCCGGGCUAGCCAGCUGGCUAGAGGGAGACCACCGUCAUGGCUUCAGAGAUGAGGAAGAGCUGGAAGGUUCUGUGGACAAGAGUGGAAGACGUUUGGGCACACGGAAAUGACCGCUCUACUGCUGCUGGACCACAGUGAGGACUUGGAGCCAUGUCCCAGAGGAUUGUGGGAAAAAUCUGGUCACUUAUGUUUCAAAAUUCUCUGUCAUGUUUGCAGACAUUGUUUUUUGUUCUCCUUCAUGUCAUUAAUUAUGUUAAAAACUGAAUUCCUUUUUGUUUUUUUAGUUUCCCUGCUGCAACCAGAACUACGUGUUCAAAUUUUGUAGAACACUGCAGUUUGCUUGUGUAUUUGUAUGAAUAUGUGGUUGUUAGCCAUGUAGCGUGUAUGUUUGUGUGUUUGCUCAAGGGGUACGUGCAUGUCAGAUAGGACUGUUUGUUUUGUUACGUGUCUGCGUGCAGAAUUGAUGCUCAACGACGCAAGAGUUCUGCAUCCAAAUCAGUGCUUCUGAAAAAAGAGAAAAGUUGGAAUCUUUAUAUUUUCUCAAAAAGGGCUGCCUUUCUCUCUCUCUCGUGUAAAUAGUUUAAAUGAAAUAUAUAGAUAUGAAUAUAUCCUCUAGUGCAUUGCCUGUAAAUGUUUUUCUGCACUGGGUCACUAGUGUCUGUGCGAAUGUGUGUGUAGUUUGAUUCCCAUGGUCACUGUAGAGGUGAAUGACGAAUUCUCCUGAGAGUGUGUGCCACUAGUGUCUGCUUCAUCCUCGGAGCCAUUUAAAAAAAAUCACCAUGUUCUCGCUUCUGUUACAUCGUUCUAAGGUCAGGUCCUGCACUUGCUACUCUUCACAAUAGUUGAAAUUGACCUUGGCCCUCUUUUCACCCUUUGGUCUCUACACAAUACUAACUGGUGCUAUAUUUAGGAUUCAGGAUUCAGCUGUUUGUCUGUGUUGCCUCACACAGUUAGUUCAACCUCUGUUUGGCCUCUGCUACAUUGUUGCAUUAAAUGUUAGUUAUUUACUUUAUGUGCAUUUAAAUGCACAAAAUCUAAAUGGCCCCUAACCAUGCAAUAAAAUAAAGUUCUACUGAAAGGGAAGCCUGUGGUUGGACAACCACAAACUCCUAUCCUCCUAUUUCCUAAAAGCCUGAAGUUUAGCACUGUUUCCUUUUGGUUUUUCUUUUAUUUAAACUGUACUGUAGUUAAUGGUUCCAUUCAUCAUAUUAGCCCUGUUGCAGGAUAUGAGCAUGCUUUGUCAAUGUCUGUUUCCAGUAUGCUGUCACACCCUUGGCUACGAGUGAGAAUUUUUCUGCCCGUGAUUGGCUCUGACACCUGCUCUUUGUGCUUGCUAAACUGCCACCAAAUAUGUGAUUGUCAUGUGGCUAGGUCUUGCUUGCAAGCUCAGGUUUUAAGUACUCUGUUCACAGCUUCAUGUGAAGUGCCAAAACAUUUUUUCCCACCUUUAACACUCCGAGCUCUAGAAGUAACUUUCCUUGUGUGCCACAGUUGAAAUAUUUUCUCCUCAUCCUUAUCACUAAUGUAUUAGUGAUAAGGAUGCCAGCAUUACAUUCUUCCACGUGGGCGUAUGGAGAUGGAUGAUGGAGCACCAAGGGCUGUGCUAGCCAACUCGGGCCAAGUUGCCACUGUCACCAGUCCUGUGUACUGGGAGAGGAAUUGGAGUGCGCCCAUGGGUGUAUAUGACUCCAGGCUGGCUGUGGGCGUCACUCUGCAGCCGCAGGCUCGAUUGACGACACUUCAAGCAAUGCGCCGCAAUAGAGGGGGCACUUGACUAGGAGAAAGCUUGGUUGUGUCACUGUUCAUGUUCUAGUCAAGUUUGAGUUGCUUUGUGCACUGAUGUUUGCACAUAAGUGGAAACUUUAACCAAGCUCUGCAUUGCACUUACCAAACUAUUUGAUACAUAUUGUAAUAUGUAAAUAUGUUUUGAUUUAAUGGCAUUUAGAAAAUGCAAUAAGACUUCUGUUCCCUCUGUGGAUGAAUAUGUUUUGUGUUUGUCUCUUUGAAAAGCCAAGGCAUUUCAUAUUGCUGUAACAGAACUCCACGUGGCAUGUCUGUCGAUUCACACUGUUGACUGGUAACGUGGACGUCUCAUGAAACAUCACAUGGCACCAUUGACUUUUCCUCAACCUACCAGGCAUUUUGUGUUGCCAUUUUGUUGUGCAUGCUGGUUCAUUUGUACUAGGCAUAUGUUUAAUUUGGCCGAACCAAAUCAAAUGGAUUUCUCACAAUUUGUUAAACAACCACGUUAGAGGUGUACACCUUUAAAUAAUUUCGCUGUUCUUCAUAAGUCUGGUAAACACUACACAGAUGUGCUCUUUCACUUUGCCCUUGCCGACACUAAACUUCACGUAUUAGAUGAGAAUUUAAAUGACAUUUGCCUUGCAAAUUGGUCAGGUUGUCAGAAACUUUUCAGUCUGUUGUGGAUUGUUUGCAUCACAAUGAGUACUUUUCCUUUGAGUCUGUUUUGUUUUAAAAGUAAUACGCUCCCAGUUUGUAUCUCUGCAAAAUGUCAUUUUAUUUUAAAAUGACAUGAAGGACUAUUUUUGUAUUUAUAAUCUGUGUUGUCUGUUUAUGUUCUGUAACCUACUUUCUGUCAAUUGUAAUAGAUUAUUUUUUUUUGGUCACUUUACCACAGCACAGAUCACGCAGGCGUAAUUAUGUGCUGCCGCCAUGAUUCAUCUAGCAUCGAUGUAAUGUACAAUGUUGUGAUUUCUGCGGUGUAUACUAACUACUACUUUAACGAGUUUUGGAGAGAGGCUGAUGAAAAUCUGCAAACGUGAAUCUGCAAAAAGAAGGGAUGUUAAAAUUGAGUUUGUACGCAUUUUUCUUACGGCCUAACCAAUGUCAUGUUUUGCCACCACUCUCACCAAAGUGCUUGUACAAAGAAAGCAGAUGGAUGACUAACACCUGGUCUGCAAUGGGCUGCCACUUUGUUCAUGUCUGAGAGAAAAAAAUCCUUUGAAACUGAUGUCAGUGUUAGCCAAAAUGACCACUCUGCUUCUUUUACAUUUCCCAUUGUGCGUCUGGAGUAAGGUGAUGAUCUUGAAUUUUAUAUCCUGUGGAUUAAUACUGGAAGUACAAGAUAACAUUAGAUGUAAAAACAGUAGCUUUUCACAUUUUAUCAUGUUUGAUUGAAGACAUUUUACAUACAUUUUAGUCUGUUUGUGUGGUGCAGUUGUACCCAGUUUAAAAUAAAUGCCUGCCUUAAAAGGUA